GUGGCCAUUUGUGGUACGACCUAGAGGAAACGUACGAUCCAGCCUUUCCAUGUAGACCUGUUUUCCUUGAUUGAUAGCUAUAAAACCUGUUGAACCCACAAGGCGGGUCGACUCGAAUAUCAUCUCUCUGGAUCCUUGCAAUUAUCCAACCACACUGCUCAGUGUCUUAUUAUCCUUCCUCGAUCCCAUUGUAAUCGCAAGAAAGAAACCGAGACGCCGCGAACAUGUCCUUUCGAAACCACGAUCGCCAAUAUGACCUUGUCGUCUUCGGUGCGACAGGCUAUACCGGCGCGUUGACAGCGGAACAUAUCACCGCCCAUCUACCGUCCAAUCUGAAAUGGGCCGUUGCUGGUCGUUCAGAAACCAAACUUCAAAACGUCAUUGCCGAAUGCAAGAAACUCAACCCCAACAGACUUCAACCAGAGAUCGAGAUCUGUAACCUGAAUGGCGCAGAGCUCAACGCUCUCGCUAAGAAGACCUUCAUCCUCAUCACGGUAGUGGGACCAUACUCCCAAUACGGCGAGCACGCGUUCCGCGCAUGUGCUGAGAAUGGCACUCAUUACUUCGAUGCUACCGGCGAGGUCCCCUGGGUCGCGAAGAUGCUUGCCAAGUACGAGGACGCCGCCAAAGCAAGCGGCGCCAUGAUGUUCCCUCAAAUGGGUCUCGAAUCGGCUGUGCCUGACCUGAUUACCUGGUCGUUGGUCGAGAUUAUCCGCGAGAAGCUAUCGGCCAAAACUGGAGAUGUCACACUCUCGAUCCACAAGAUGAGUGCAACGCCAUCGGGAGGAACACUGGCAACCGUGUUUAACCUUUUCGACCAAUUCUCCCUGGGCGAGAUUGGAAGCGCUUUCCGGCCCUAUGCCUUGUCUCCUGUUCCGAAUCCCAGAAAGGUACCGUCCCGCGACACGCUGGUGACGAAACUGCUCGGAGUGCGUACGAUUCCCGAGCUAGGUACUCUCACGACGUCGGUCGCCGGGACUACCGACACGAGCGUCGUGCAGAGGUCAUGGGGUCUCCAUGCCUCGCUGCCGUCCAGGCAACAGAAAUCGUAUGGCCCCAACUUCUCCUUUGUGGAGUUUUAUAGGGCCCGGAGUUGGUUCCACGGUAUUCUCGUACAUUUCUCCCUCGCUCUCCUCGGCAUCGUUAUGGUGACGCCUCUUCGUGGCAUUGCUCGGAAGUUCGUCUCCCAGCCCGGAGAAGGCCCAGACAAAGAAACCGCCAGCAAGGAAGAGAUGGAGCAACGCGGCAUCGCCAUACCUGAUGUAGAGCCCAGACCGGACCAGAUUGCCGCCAGCCGUGCCUGGUACAAAGGCAGCAUGUAUUAUCUGACUGGCAUUCUGCUAUCAGAAGCUGCCCUGACCGUGCUGGAGGAUGAUGUAGAUCUACCUGGCGGUGUCUUCACCGCGUCUUGCCUGGGACAGCGAUACAUUGACAGACUUGACGGAGCUGGGUUCAAAAUGGAGACCAAGUUGAUUCCCUCAUAGACUGUAUACCAGGGUUUCAUACAACACGUCUUGGCUUCUUAAUAUCGGUAACACUAUUUUCAAUUCAAUCACCAAACUGAUCUCUCACAAUUGUAUCCGGACGAAUACAAC